AUGACUGGCACCCACAGCAGCUUCAGCCUAAGGGCCCACACCUUCUCUGAGCCACUACCUAUUCUCCACAUGCUCCUCCCAACUGUAUAUUCCAAGAUCUGGCUGGUGCUCCCAGCCAACAUCUGUGAGUACCUGCUGCAGUACUAGCCCUUUGGGGCCUUCAACCACUACAACAUCUUCUCCAGCAUCUACUUCCUGGUUGUGAUGAGUGUGGAUUACUACUUAGUGGUGCUGGUCAUUGUCCAGUCCUGUGGAUUGCCAGGCACCCAGAGAGGGGCCAGCCUUUGCAUCUGGCUGGUUAUCACCAUCAUGGGUCUGCUCUUCUUUUCUUUGUAUGUCUUCAACAAUGAGUUACAGGUACCCAGGUGUAAGCUACACUUCCUAAGGCUGGAGCAGGCCUGUUUCCUAGCCAGCCACAUUUAUACAUUGGUUUGGGGCUUUGCAAUUCCUGAGUACAUCAUCUGCAUGUUAUAUGUAGAUCUACUCCCCAGAUUUCAUACCAUGAGACUCCACUCUGGUGCUAAGAUUCUGGGGAAGGCCAAGAGGAAAGUAACUGUCCUGGCCACUGUGUUGGCUGUGUACCUUCUUUGCUGAACAUCCUUUCACCUGGCCUCUGUUGUGGCUCUGACUACAGACAUGGUCAUUGGCAUCUUCUAUGCCAUUAAGCUCAGCUAUGCCAACUCAUGCCUCAAUCCUUUCUUGUAUGUCUUCCUAUAUGACAACUUCUACCAGAAUUUCUGUACAAUAGUCCUAUGUCAGGAAGCCUAA